AUGGCGGACCAGUCCGGGGAAGAUAUAACCUUGAUCACUUUCGACCCAGCAUUUCGAAUUUUCACCACUCUACGACACAGUCAGUUCAACCCACUCGACCUCCAACACCCAACACCUACCAUUACAGCAUGGAAGACUGCGGACAUGAAGUUCUUGGAUCUCCACAGCGGCCGCCUGCAAGCCUCGGCGCGAGCAUUUGGUUGGACGAAUGUUGCCGCUUUAUUUGAGCGGGAGGGGAGAAUACUGCUCGACAAAUACUUGGAACACACUGCCUCUCACUCUACCAGCUCCAAGGUACCCGCCCACGGAUAUUACAGGGCUCUCCGGGUGCACAUCGAUGUUUCACAAGAUGCCAGAAUUGACGUUUCCCUUGUUGCGAUGGGCGAGGACAGGCCACUGAGCGCACUAGACGGUGAAUCUUUCCACACGCUCCCAGCUCCAAUUCCCCCGCCUGGCUCGCCAUCAUUGUACGGAACAAGCUCAGACUCAACGCCAGAAUACAGCAAAGUCACGAUCGACACAGAGCCCACACCCACGACGCCCUUCACGUCGCACAAAACCAGCCAUCGCGUUAUGUACGACGCCGCGCGCGCACGCGCCUCCAUCACGUCUUGCUCGCCCUUGGCGGCUGAAGUGCUCCUCUACAACCGGCGCGCUGAAGUCAUGGAGGCAAGCAUCUCAACCGUUUAUUUCUACAGCGGUGGAAAGUGGAUCACGCCCUCGGCAGAAUGCGGAGGAAACCUGAGUGUGACGAGGCGGCUGGCACUGGAGGGUGGAUUCUGCGUCGAGGGGAAGGUCUUCAUCGAUGAUGUGCGUGAUGGAGAGGUCGUCUGGCUGAGCAAUGCCGCGAGGGGUUUCUUCCUAGGGAGGGUCUCAAAGUAA